AUGGGUCCUCUUCGACCUGUUGAUAUGUCUUCCUCUUCCCAGCCCGAGAGCGAGAAGACUGCCCGGAGUGCAUCUUCUAAAAAGGGAGAUUCCGAGUCUCGAGAUAUUUCUUCGAAGUUAAAGCCUGCUCUUGUCCCUCAAAUCAAAUCACUUUCAGGCUCAAGUGAGACGGAAGAUGUCGUCCCACCCAAAGUUCCUGCGGCACCGGAGCACCGUCGCUUGUGUGAGGAAAGGCAGCGGCUAGGUCUCAAAAGGCAAACACUCGAGGCUCGCAUCGCUCGGGUGGAGAGGAAGAUAAGGGCACUGGAAAGUGAUCCCUUUCAAUGGGAAUGGCGGAACUUCGAUUCUGUUGCUGAGAUCCCGAAGAUGCUUCGGAUGUAUCUCCGUGCUAAAGGAGUUCCGGGUCCUGUGAAUGCUCCGGUCCGUACCGUUCCAUCUGAUAGCGAGGAAGAAGACGAGGAGGAGGCCAGUACCAGUCGGAAACGCGUUCGGGAUCGUCCCGAAGUGGAUGCCAAGAACAAGGCGUCCACUUCGAAAACUAAACCGGCGAUGAAGGAGCCUGUUCCUGAGCCUCUUCCAUAA